GUUUUACAAACAUGUUGACGUAUCAUCAAUAAAACAGACAUUAUUUGUUGCAGUGUUAUUACAUAUUCAGGGGAUUAAAAUAGUUUACAUCUGUCAACGUGGGGCUACAGUAGUGUGUUACUACUUUAAGAUCAAUAGAAUUUACAGUGUACAUCUGUAACAGUUGUAUUGUCAGUAUGCAAAAGCUUCAACAUUUAAAUACAUACAUACAAAUCAAAUUACAAAUACAUCAAUUGCUUUCAACUUCAGUCCUUAAGUAAAUGUUCUAAGAAAUUUCCAAUCAUUGCUGCUAUGAAUGCAGCCCUGAUGGAGUUACAGCCUGUGAAUUGCCAUACAGUUAUAAUACAAACGGAAGUUGUGCAAAGUUACCUUCAAAAUAAGACGUGAACGCCGGCAAGUAGUGACAGUUGUUCGUCUUCUUAACCCAAAAUGUCACAGGUUUUGCCGUUUUGUCUCAAGUAUAACCUAUAUAUAUGGAUAUUUUGAUUGUUCUCCACAUUAGCGGAACAUUUUUAAUCAAAAGACUGCCACCGCGAGUCAUUGUUUUAUUUUUGUAAGGUUAGACCGGAAAAACACAAAAGUUAGCCUGUAUAACUAUAGCCCGUCUUGUUUAAACUUCUACCUUCUACCGUAAGAAACCACAUAACGGGUGUUUACGUGUUGUCGAAUAAAAAUAAGUAAAAAAAAUAUGAUUUACAUUUUAUCAGUCUACCAAGAUAAGUGUAACGUAGCCUGGCGAAUCUGGUGAGACAGUACUUCCUGUUUCGGAGGCGUGGAGACGAGUGAAGCGCCGUUGGUGUGUCUUAAAUCUCCUCAACACUUGUGAUACUAUUAGGUAAAAUGAUAAAAACACAUUACUUAAAGAUGAUGUUCCAGGUCGUCAAAGACUUAGUUCCGGUCGUCACCUGCGGAGUUUUAACAGUGAUCCUGUCGUCGUGUGUUUUGUUUGGUAUUCAAACGUACUUCAACUUAACCCAGGGGCUGUUCAGCGUCGGUGCCUCUGUCUUUCAACACGGGCACAUCCACAAGCUUUUUAUUCAUCCUUUCUAUCAUAAAACCUUGGACCAGCUUCUCCUGCACGCCACAGCCCUGGUGUUCCUCAGUGGCAGCUUGGAGAAAGGUUUUGGCACGGUCCGGUUCCUUUUCGUCUUCUUCCUCCUCUCCACCACCACUGGCUUGUUGUACAGUUUUCUGGGUCUCAUGGUCCCUGGCAGCAGCCACGCUGAAGGCUUGGUCCCUGUGGCUCUGGCCUGUGUGGCUCUGACUACAAUGCACACCAAGAUGGUUAAAGGAUUCCUGUGUGGAGUCAGUUUCCCCACCAUGGUUCUCCCCUGGUUGCUUCUCCUAAUCAUCACUGCCCUAGUUCCCCAUUGUGUCCUUCCUUGUAACAUCAUUGCUGUCCUAGUUGGGUGGACAUUUGGGAAAGGAUGGUUCUCUCUCCUGAACAUGUCCGAGGCCAGGGCUGAAGCUCUGGAGAAGAGGAUGCCUUUCAGGUUGUUGAAGAGCAUCAGUGGUGGCCUGUUUGUCCCUGCUUCCACAGAGGAAAGAAGGAAAAGUCUGCUUCCACGCAUCACUCCAACACCUGGGUCCUACCCGGUCCAGGCUUAUGCUCCAUUAUCCAGCAUUAAAGCUACUGAUACCAUAACAUAUGAAGGCUGGCAUAACUCAGCCAGUGCUCUGUCUGGUCCCACACCACCUCUCCAUCUUCAUGGACAUGGGUCAACACAUAGCUUUGGGCUAAAUCAUGGCCAUAGCUGCAACCACAGCCACCAUGCACAUAGUCAUGGUCAGCUUUAGUUAUGUUCUCUCAUAUGGAUGCUUUACAACACUCCACUAAUAUACAGAUGAGCCCUAUUUUAGUACUACUGCUGUAUUUGCCACUCCUGAACAACAACAGUAACGGUUCACCAGCUGCAUCUUCAGUUUUGGGAGUAAAAUAAACUGUCAACUGUUAAGUAACCUCUGUACACAAGUUUAAAAUUGUUUUUGGUUUUUUUAUACAUUGUCUUUUGCAUUUUUUUUUCUUAUUUUAAAAAUUAAGAUGUGUAUAUAUAAACUUUAACAUGGCAUUAUAUCCUAGAUAGAAACACUGCCAUGUUAAAUAAAGGACAAGGAAUAAUAAGAUACUGGUGCAAAACAGAUGGUAUCCUGCUGAUACCAUAGUCAAUUUUUUUUUAUUGUUUGCUAUUUUUGUUUUCUGUGACAUUAAAAACAAAACAAGCUCAUUUGUUUAUAUAAGUAGUGUGCUUUGAGAAUGCAAUUUGCACUGGAAAAGCAGUAAAAUUAAGCACCAAAAUUACAUUUUGGUUGUGUUAUUUACAAUCAAUGCUCCUGAAUUAUAAUUUUUUUUAAUAUUGCAAUCAAUAACAAAGCACAGUGUUGGAGAGUUUAAUUCAGCAAACAGUUUGGUUUAAUUGACUCGUACUGAUACCGGACUCAUAGAGCUUGGCAUGGCACCUGAGGCCUAGUCACACUUGAACAAAAGGGAGAGUGAGCUGCACAUGUAUUAUCACAUCAGUUCGGUAAAGGGCUCAUUCCUCCCAGGCGUCUCCAUAGAUGUUCUUCUUCUCUGUAAGAAAAAGAAAAAACAUUUUUUCACAGACUACUUGGAGCCGGUGCGCUCACACAUCAAUUCCUCAACUUUUUCUAAUCACAGCAUGUGUUUUACACAUUUUUGCAGUCAUACCCUACCAUUUUUCUUGGGUCUUUCUCGUUCCUUCUCAGGUGUUGAUUUGUGCAGUGUCUCCGCCUUCUGGGUGAGUGUGACUUCAUAGUUUUCUCUGUUUUUGAGCCUCAGGUCCUCAUAGAAGAUAUUAGGCUUCUUCUGAGACUCUUCCUCUUCCAUGUAUGACUGGGCUGAGGCUGAUGGGAACAGAGACAGAGGUGAUGGGAUUCAAAGGGUGAACAAAAAAUCUUCAUACUAGCUAUGUUUACAUGUGCAAAAUGUCUUCAUUCUGAAACGAUUUGUUCUGAUUUUUCACAUGCCUAGUGUUGUCUAAUUCUGCCGAAGUGGAAGCAGAAAAGGCUUCACUUUUGCUUCUGUAUUAAACAAAUCCUUCAUGUGUC